UAAAAUGGUGGUGGUGAAGUGGAAGCAGGUAGUUAUAGAGAAGAAGAGGAGCAGAAUGUAUGUUACACAAACCACAAGGUCACAACCACUGAGCUGUUGGAGACAUGGCCACAGCAUAGUAAAUCCACUGCCAGGAUUUCCACCCUGAUCGAGACUCCGCCACGUUUCUUGCCGGGUUUCCCAGCCAACUGUGUCGGCUAUUUAAAGGCCCAUUGCAGAAGAGAAGAGGAGAGAGGAAGGAAGGAGAUGGUGUGUUGGUUUGGAAUUGUUUUACUGUGACUGAAAAUUUGUAUGAGGUUUUGUGUAUGACCUUGUUUUUCCCCCAUUUUUGGACCUAGUCUUUGGCUUCGCCCCUCCUGCUCCGUAAACAAGCCAGCGGUGCUCUUUAAGCCUGGAAUGUUCACUUCUGAGGUGCUGCAGAACAAAAUACUGAUAGAAGUCAAAGAACGGAUAGUUCAGAGAAGGAAGGUGCUCUACACUCUGCGAUGGUACUAAAGUGCAUCUUUGCUCUCUCCAUUUUGGUCUCAAAUACAGUGUCCCAUGAGGAGUUAAGGCUUAUUGGCACUUCAGUUCAAAUGGAUGCACAGGACCAUGAAUCUACAUUUGAGGAGUUCAUUUGGAGAUUUAACAAAACAAUAAAUCUGAUAAAAUAUUAUAAUGAGACAAAAAAAAUGAAAGUAAACCCCUCUUAUGAAGGGAGAGUAGAGGUCAAUAUUGAAACCUACAGUCUGACACUGAAGAACUUGCAGAAGAAGGACAGUGGACUGUAUGAAGCACAAGUAACUCAUUUCAAGGACAAGAUAGUUGCUAUGUACUAUCUCUCCGUGUUUGACCCAGUGGAGACUCCUGGCCUUACUUAUGUUCCAGACAAGCAAAUUGGUGAUCCCUGUAAUAUAACUCUCACCUGUAGAGGUCAUGGCCUCUCAGUCAUCUCUAGCUGUUUUAAUAAAACCUGUGAGGAGAAUGAAAUAUCACGUGAAGGCAUCACCCUUUACCUGUCUGUCAUAAACAGCAGCUCAGUCAUCUGCAACAUAAGCAACCCAGUCAGCUGGAACAUGAGUGCCAUCGAGAUGAAAGACCUUAAACAAGUCUGUCAUCCCAAAGAUGCAGUGCCUUCCGCUGCUGGUGUGUCUGUGUGUCUUCUGAAGACGGUCGUGUACUCUGUAGUUUUGAUCCUUAUGACGUCUGCAGUCAUCACCGUCCACAUAAAAGCGAGGCUGGCCCCAUAAUCUUAAAGAUGCAUACAAUGCUACAUAGUUUAUAUAUGCUAUUCUAACUUUAAUAGUCAUCAAACAUAAAUAAACUGGUGUGUUGUGAAUAUCAGCGCAUACACACUAAGCAUUAACUAUGUUAUUUAGAAAGGUCAACAUUCCUUUCCUAUAUUUAAAAAACAUUAACUUUGUUGUAUAUUGAGGCCUUAUGAUGAAAACCUGCCUGCAUCUUAUUCUCACCCAUUUCUCACCCAUCAACUAUGCUAAAAUGCUAAAAACAUUAUUGUAUUUGAUUAAUGCAUGUUGUAUUAAUGUUUAUUUAGACUAAUGUGACACAGAAGGUAAUGUGAUUAUUAAUCUUGUCAGAUAAUUAAGUAAUGCUUUUUAAAUAAACAAAUCUCAUGAGGCAUGAGAUUAUACAACUUAUAUUGAAAUUCAAUGUAAGAUCUGCAAUGUGUGUGGUUAAUUGAGAUAAACAAUCAGAAAACAAGGAGGAAGAGGUUCAUAUUCAGUUUGAAAGUGAUACUGGCGAACAUUUCUAUUCUACCUCAGAAAACAAUACAAGACACAAGCGAAGCAUAUAAAACGUUUGCAUGGUGGUUAAGUGCUUGACUUGUAAUUGGAAGGUUGCUGGUUCAAACCCCACCAUUGCCAAGUUGGUCCCCUGAGAGGUUCCUCAACUCGUAAUUGUAAGGACUUUUGGAUAAAAGCAUCAGAUAAAUGUAAUGUUAUAUGUUCAACUUUGAGUACUACAUAGAACCUGCUUCUUCGCAUCACUAAUAAUGCGGUUGAUAGGGAUAGAUCAGAAACCUGCAAUGACAGGAAUGUUUCCUGUGAAUGUGUGAACACAGAGGGUUACUAUUGUCACUAAUGUACAGAACCUCCAUGCCAGUGUUACGUGCCUUCAUUGUAACCGUUUACGCUAUGUAUCAGUGUCAUUGUUGUAUGCGUUAUAUGUCAAUAAACCUCCAUCAAAGUC